AUGGAUAGAAACCAACAGCAAUACGGACAACGCAUGUUGAUGAACGCUGCCAGUCGCCAAUGCACCGAGUGCAGGCGUCACCCGGUUGGCCGACAGAUGGAAGCAAUCGCAGGACGCCGUUCGACUACGGAAUACGUGUCGAACGAUCGAGAUAGACGAUCACGUCCAUAUUCCGUCGAAAGAAGCAACCGCGGUUAUAGUAAGUAUAAUAAUAAUGUUUUUCGUGCUAGGGAUAUUCGCAGGGACCAUAGGUCAAGCGAAGUGCAGUGGAUCAGCAAAAAACCUGAGUCGGGCAGUAGAGAUACUUCCACGCCAUCAUUUCGACGGUCGUCGUCGUCACGGACACGGGGCGCCCAACCCGGAAGAACGCUGCUCGUACACGGGCUGGGAGGUGAUAUAAAUUGCGAUAAAGUAUUCAAUAUGUUCUGUCUGUACGGCAACGUGACUGCCGUGAAAAUACUCAAGAAAGGAAAGGUACUCGUCGAGCUAAAUGACGUCGAAGCCGCCAAACGGUGCAUGACCCACCUGCACUUAAUGCCACUGGAUCAACAAAAAAAGCUGAAAGUGAAAUAUUCCAAUUUUUCUUAUAUACGCAACCAAGAAAAAGUCAUCAGAUUGUCGGACGGGACGCCGACUCAGAAAUACUAUGAUACCAGCAAACUAAACAGGUUUUCGUACAAAAAAAAGUUUGUAAACGAGCGUCGAAUCACAGCACCAUCGAAGAUUUUGCAUUUCUUCAACACACCGUUGGAUAUAAGCGGCUCGCAGAUUCGCAGGACAGUGAUAAACGCCCUCAAUUGCAAGGACGCGGUUCGAUCGAUUACAAUUCUACCCCAAAAACAGCCCGGUGCUAAAUAUUCGACCGGCCUUUUGGAAUUGAAAAGUGUUGACCUGGCGGCCAAAGUUAUAUUGUUGUUGAAUCACACGCAACUAGAAUCGUCGAGAUCUAAAUUCCCGUUCUUGAUGAAAUUAUGUUUUUCAAAAUGGUCAGAGAUACGGCAAAAGUCCGGAGAUUCGAGCGCCCUGAUUUUCAACGCCACGCCACCCAACCCUCAAUGGUUGUUCCACAGAUAUGAACACCGCGUGUCAAUGGUGGAGUAUAAAGUGUCACGGGUAACGCGAGGGACCGAUGAAGACUGUCUCUGGACUCUAUGGGAUAUAAGGAACCAUGCGACGGAGGCCAUUGACCCCGAAGCAAGAACUUCCGCAGAUACCCAUUGUAGACCUAGUGAUGAGUCGGGUACGUUGCAGAACCCACAAACGGUGCUGUCAGGACUGCCAGUUGACGAGUGA